AUGGAAGGAGGCUAUGACGAUGACACUGCUGGCAGGAGAACUUAUAGCACUACAAAACCUAUUGAACAUAAUCUAAAGUCUUCUGAUAAUAAUACUAAUCAAAACUCGGCUGAAUCAGAUCGUAAACUAUCCCAAGGCUCAAACACAGAUGCUAGAACAAAUCGUCAACCUGAAAUUCAAACUGAAAGAAGAACAUCUAUUGGUGAUAAAAUUAAAAAUGUAACUUAUCCAAUCUUGGGUAUAUCAAAGAAGAAUAGCAGAGAUGAUGAUGAAAAAUUAAGAGACGUACCAGCAUUUUCCUCAACUACUACCACCACCACUACUACUACGUCACCACCAACAACACCUACUGCUAAAACUACAACAUCAAAAAAUCAAGGAACUUAUACCACUCCAACUUCUACUACUGAAUCAAAACCACCCAAGUGGAAAGAACCAUUUUCAUCUGACCGUAAUACUGAUCGAAACGUUCCGAAAAAUAUUAAUAAGAAUAUAGGUAUCCCAGGUUGUGGUAUGGCCGAUAAACCAACAACAACUUCGAAAUCCAAUCCAGCUCAGAUUACUAAGAAAGAUUUAGCUUCUAAUGCUGCACAAACAAGGAGAAAAUUAUCACAUAGUGAAAUGUAUUCCACUCAAAUCCCAGCAGGUUGUGAAAAUACAGGCGUUCCAGGUUUUGAAGAUUCAGAGAGAACUCAUAUUCCAGGUACUUUAAGAGGCAAAGAUCAAGAAACUCAUCAGCACCAUCAUCAUCACCAUAACCAAAACAAAGGUCAAAAACAGGAAGAGUAUACUGGAACAGGUAUGGCAAGAUAUCCUUCAGCUCCAUCAAAAACUCAAAAUCAGUAUAAACUAGAACAACAACAAAAAGAUGUUAAGAAAAAUCAAGGAAUAAUUAAGACUCCUGGUAGUACUGCUGUUGGUGGCGGUACUACUCCCCGUACUAAAAAACAACCAUCAUCUGCAACUUCGAAAAUCGCACCUGGUUUCACAACUCCUGAUGAUACUAACGUUACUGUCAAAAAGACUGUUAAACAAGAAAAAACAUCUGUUCAGAAGAACCCUAUUCCAAAAGCAGGUAUCGUUGGUUCUAAAAAAGGUGCUACUAUUGCUGCCACCACUGGUGCUACUAAACCUUCUUCAAUCCCUAAACAGGUUCCAAAAUCUAAGGAUCUAACAGGAUUUGCAACUUCUGACGAUAUGAACAUUCAAUCAAUGAAACCAAAAGAACGUAUGAAGACAAUGCAAAAAGAAACAAAUCCAAAUAUUCUUUCUGGAUUUGAUACUAAACCUGAAACUGAUAUGUCUCAAUGGUCUAACACAAAACAACAAGCCACAACUGGUGCGGCUGGACGUGUUGGUGCUACAGAUUCUUCUUCCACAACUAAGAGAGAUACUACUUAUGAAAGUACCAAACCAAUUACUACGGAUGUCUUUAAAGAGGCACCAAUUGGUAGAGAACAAUUAAAGGAAAGGAAAGCCCAUGUUGGUGUCGCUGGUAAAGGUAGAAAUAUUGGUACUACUGCUGUCGAGGAAAUUCCAUUUGUACCCGUUGACCAAAUGCAAGAAGAUUUACAUCAAGGUGCUCAAGGGGUUGAUAUGAACAAAAAUUAUCAUACCGGUUCAAGAACUAAUAAAGAUCUUGGUACUAUCAAGAGAGAGAUUGAUGCUAGCGAACGUGAAACCAAGCCAGUAAAGGCGCAUGCUGUUGGUGAAACACCAUUUGUCGUUACUGAACCUAUGCAGGAAGAUUUAUAUCAAGGUGCUAAAGAUGUUAAUAUGAACAAAAAUUACCAUACUGGUGCAAGAACUGAUAAAGAUCUUGGUACUAUUAAGAGAGAGAUCGAUGUCAGCGAACGUGAAAGUAAAUCAAUGGAUACUAAUGCUAUUGGCGAAACACCAUUCGUACCAGCAGACCCAAUGCAAGAAGAUUUAUAUCAGGGUGCUAAAGGUGUCGAUAUGAACAAAAAUUACCAUACAGAUGCAAGAACUGAUAAAGAUCUUGAUACUAUCAAGAGAGAGAUUGCUAUUGCCGAAAGCAGAGGUACAGAGGCCGGUCCUGGUGCUGGUGCAGGUGCAGGUGCGGUUGCUAUUGGUGAAAUUCCAUUUGUUCCAAGUGAACCAAUGCAAGAAGAUUUGUAUCAAGGUACCGAAGGUGUUGACAUGAAUAAGGAUUAUCAUACAGAUGCAAGGACUGAUCAAGAUCUUGAUAGUAUUAAGAGAGAUAUCGAGGCUAUUGAAAAGCAACGUACAAAAACUGUUGAGUCCACUUUCUCCACGUCUGGGCAGAACAAAGAACUUCCAGGGUUUUCAACUGCAGAUGACAUGAAUGUUUCAGCAAAGAAAAAAGAAUAUCCAACGCUGGCACCAGAGAGGAAUCCAAAUAUUCUUAGUGGAUUUGAUACAAAACCUGAUACCAAUCUUUCUAACUGGUCUAAGAAGAAGGACAAGCCAAAAGAACUCUCAGGGUUUUUAACCGCAAAUGACAUGAAUGUUUCAGCAAAGAAGAAAGAAUAUACAACGACCGAACCAGAGAAGAAUCCUAACAUCCUUAGUGGGUUCGAUACAAAACCUGAUACCAAUCUUUCAAACUGGUCUAAGAAUAAGCAGGACAAGCCAAAAGAAACCUCUAAUCGGUCUAAGAAUGAGGAAAAGCCAAGACAACUUCCAGGGUUUUCAACCGCAGAUGAUAUGAACGUUUCAGCAACUAAGAAAGAAGAGCAUGCUAUAGAAGGACAAAAUAAAAAGCCAGAGAUUCAUGGUGCGUUUGACUCACUUCCUGACACUAAUCUUUCAGAAUGGUCACAAACUAAAUCAGCCAACGCACCUACCCAUGCAAAACCACCAACGAUGGCAUAUGAUUGGUUAACUUUAACUUCCACACAACCUGCUGCUGGUGUUACUUCUGCCGGAACUCCUGCACCCACUACUGCCAGUAGUACUUCUCCAGCUGCUGUUGUAGGUGCUUGGCCUCAAACAGACGGUACUUUUGAUGAUGUUGCUGUAAAAUCUGGACAAUAUGGUUUAGAUUCUGCGUUAAAUAAUGGUAAGAAGGAAAAGCAAUUUGAUUAUCAUAUUAAAAAGAAUAUUUCAACUGAUGUCAAUAAAGGUGCUGUCCCAGCUUCUCAGACCCAUCAGGAUAAGAUGAUGAAUAUUGGUGGUGCUUCCAAUGUUGAUACUACAUAUAAUGUUGAUAAAUCAAUUAGAACAGACAUUUUCAAAGAUACUCCAAAAGAGAAAUAUAGAAGUGGUGUUGGGAAAGACUUAGGAGUUCAAAGACAAGGUACAAGAUCUGGUGCUGGUGCUGGUGUCGGUAUAGUUGCACUUGGUGAAGUUCCAUUUACUGCCACUGAACAAAUGCAAGAAGAUUUGCAUCAGGGUGCUGAAGGUAUUGAUAUGCAUAAAGAUUACCAUACUGGCGCAAAGAUUGAUGUCAACCGUGCAGCUGAUUUUGGUUACGAACCUAUUAACACUGGUAAGGAUCUGAACAGAGAUACUGGUUAUAACAUAACUAAGCCGAUUGAAACAGAUAUACGUCCAAAUACUGAUAUGAAAGAUAAUAAAGACACAGGAACAGAAUCUUUCAAGCCAAAUUUUAUGAAAUUAGCCCGUACUGAUGAAAGUUUUGGUAAAAGUGCAACUAUCAAUAGGGAUAAUAAUAUUACUGCUGGCGGUAAUAUUCCUUCUGGAAUAGGUAAAGCACCAUUAGAUACAGAAAAACCAAAGGAAUCCAAUGUAUCAAAGGGCUUCUAUAGCGGUGAUAAGUUAAGUUCGAUGCGUGAUAAUGCUAUGGAUAAACACAAUAAUGGUAUAAAUGAUAACGGGACAGAUUCAAUUGCUGAUACCACGAGGACUAUAUAUAGUGGGCAUUCUGCCAAUGAUUAUGAGGUGAAAAAGAAUAUUAACUCAGAGAAUUUUGAUGAGAGUAUUGAGCCACUUUUAGGUAUAUCUAAGAAUAAUGAUUUACCAGUGAAGGAGAACCCAGAAAGUGAAUUUAAAUACUCUAAAGGGAACUAUGAUGAGACGAUGAUGGAUACCACAGAGCCAAAGAAACAAACUGACGACGACGAUUUAACUAAAAAGAAUUUAUUAGAAGAGAGAGAACAGUUUAUGAAGACACACCAUGGUGGACAGAGCUUAGGGGGACAAAGAAUUGGUUCCAUUGGUUCGUAUGGUGAAACAGUAGGUAAUUACCCAAGUUUAAUUGAUCCUGAUGUUCCAACUUAUGGAUUUACAGAAGAGACCGAACAUGUUUCUUCGUAUGUGGCAAACCGUACAGAGCCAAGAAGAAAGGCAUCGUAUGGAUCAACAGGUUCCGCCGGUUCUACUGGUAAAUCAUUGUCACCUGGUGAGCAUGUUGACUAUUAUAAAGUUUCUAAAGCUGAACACAAAGUUCCUAGAAGCCAAGCAAGAGGUAAUGAGUAUUUGACUGAAGAGGAACAACAAGAAGGGGAAAUGCGUACAUCGUCUAAGGACGAUAAUAAAGGAGGUUUCUUUAGAAGAGUUAGUAUUAGUAUUAUGAAUCAAUUACCCAAACCCAAGAUGUGA